AGAUUAGUUGACUUUACACUCGGUUGUUGAUGUUGAACUGUCAAAAGUCGACUGUCGACUCGAUCCCUGGGAAAUAGCAGAAACUAGACAACCAACCAUGCAGUUUCUGGGGCGCCUGCUAGACACUGUCUCCUCCGUGUCCAACCUGUUCUCCAACCCCUACCGCGUUCGGGACGUACCACUGUCCGACUACAGCGGGGGUGGCAGAGUCCGGCUGAAGGAGGAGGGCCGCAUGGUGCUGUACAGGAACUCCAACAGCCAAUCGUGGGACUGCCUGCUGACGUGUCCCGACACCCCCACCAUGGCCUUGAGGUUGUUCCAGGUGGCAUCGGAGGAGGACGCCAUGAACUGGUUCCCCCAGUAUGCCCUCAAGCUCCGCCCCUUCUACGAGACCCUCUCUUUGAAGGCGGAGUCGGCCCAGCCAAUCGUAGACAGCCUCCGCGGCCACCCGGACUGGAGCUCCGCCCACAUCGCCGUGGAUACGGGGCUGAGGGAGUGUCUUAAGCACAACUACGUCCAGAGUCAGAUCAAUGCGCGUGACGGGGUGGGCCAGACGCCGCUGCACCUGGCGUGCGAGCGGGGCGACGUGGCGUGUGUGAAGGAGCUGCUGGAGGAGAGCCAGGCUCGCACCAACAUCAAGGACAAGAACGGGGAGACGCCCAUGCACUGUGCUGCCAAGCAGGACUCAGCCGUCAUCAUACAGGCGCUGUGCUCCCGUCUGUGCGAGGGCGUGAACGACCUGAACGUUGCCGGGGAGACGCCCCUCCAUGUGGCGUGUCGUCUGGGGCGGGCGGAGGCCGUCAAGGCCCUGCUGGGGGGCGGGGCCAGGUGUGAUGUCAUAGGGGGGAGUGGCUACCCUAUCCACUCUGCCAUGAAGUACAGCGAGAAGAGCUGUGCUGAGGCUAUCCUGACGGCAGACCCAGGUCAGCUAGAAGCAGAAGAUGCUCUGUACGGAGGCACCCCGCUACACUGGUCCAAGACUGCAGAGAUGUGCCGUCUGCUGCUGGAGCGAGGCUCCACAGUGAACUACCUCAGUAAGACAGGGGAGAGCCCGCUGCACGUGCUCACCAGGAGGGGGCGCUUCGAGGCAGCCAUGGUGCUGCUGACACACGGGGGGCACCCCAACCUCCGGGGGCAGGACGGGAACACCGCUCUGCACCUCGCCAUGAAGAUGGACCACAUGGAUCUGAUCAAGGCCCUGAUCGUGUUCGGGGCCGACGUGGAGAUCCACAACGACCUGGGAGAGACCCCAGGGCUGAUCGCUGCUCGAACCAGCAAAGGUCCUAACAGAAAGGUUCUACUGGACAUGCUGUGUAGUGUAGGGGUACAGCGAUGUCACCCCCCCUCCUCCCCCUCUCCUCACCCCCAAACCACCGCCACCUACAAGAAGGCUUCCACUCCCCCUGGCAUAGGCUUCGAGGACAUCAUGCACGUGGCGGCCACCGUUGGAGCCAUGAGUCAGGGUCGACAGGAAGUAGACGGCCUCAAAACAGGAAAGAGAAAGAUAGACAGGUUGCUGUGUCUGGAUGGAGGGGGUAUUAAGGGUCUGGUUCUGAUCCAGCUGCUGAUCGCCCUGGAGAGGGAGGCUGGCCGGCCCACCAGGGAGCUCUUCGACUGGGUCUCUGGAACCAGCACCGGGGGCAUCCUGGCUCUGGCCAUAGUCCACGGUAAGUCCAUGGAGUACCUGCGCUGCCUGUACUUCAGGAUGAAGGAGCAGGUGUUCAAGGGGUCACGACCUUACGAGUCGGCUCCUCUGGAGGACUUCCUGAAGAAGGAGUUUGGAGAGAACACCAAGAUGACAGACGUACGGAGCCCCAGGGUGAUGGUGACCAGCGUGCUGGCAGACAGACACCCAGGGGAGCUCCACAUCUUCAGGAACUAUGACCCCCCCUCCCUCCACAGAGAGCCCCCCUACUCCACCUCGGCCUCCUUCCAGCCCCUCACCAUCCCACAAGGUUGGGAGGAUGAGGAUGUGUUGAUUGUUGGCUACACUCAAGAACCACCCAGAAAGCGUAGGAAGGUGACAGACCAAGAGCAGUGCGUAUGGAGGGCUGCCCGCUCCAGUGGCGCCGCCCCUACUUACUUCCGGCCAAUGGGCAGGUUCCUGGACGGAGGACUGCUGGCCAAUAACCCCACCUUGGACGCCAUGACAGAGAUCCACCAGUACAACAAGGCUCUGAGGGCAGAGGGGCGCAAUGAGGAGAUCCAGAAGUUAGCUGUGGUGGUCUCUCUGGGAACAGGUAAGCCCCCCCAGGUGGUGGUGAACUCUGUGGACGUGUUCAGACCCUCCAACCCCCUGGAGCUGGCCAAGAGCUUCAUAGGAGCCAAGGAGCUGGGCAAGAUGCUGGUGGACUGUUGUACAGACUCAGAUGGGUGUGCAGUGGACAGAGCCAGAGCCUGGUGUGAGAUGACUGAUACUCACUACCACAGACUGAGUCCUCAGCUGUCUCAGGAGGUGAUGCUGGAUGAGGUCAGUGAUGCCGUGCUGGUGGACAUGUUGUGGGAGACCCAGAUGUACCUGUUCCAGCAGAGAGACAGCAUCCGCUCUCUGGCCCUACAGCUCCUCAUGGACUGAGGGAGGGAGGGGGGGAUAGAUUGAAAGCGAAAAGAGAAAGCAAAAGAACAGAAGCAGAUUAGAGUGAUCAGACUAAAACAGAAGAGCCUUGGUAAGGUAGACCGGGGGAGAGGUCAUAGGUCAGGGAUGAAGUACCAAAACUGUGGAUUGUUUUGUUUAAUGAUCUUAAUGUGGUUGCCCUUGACAACAACUCACUUAGUUAUCACCUAAACUGCUACCCAUGUCAACUGGACUUAAAUACUUGAACUAUUUCUGAACACUGUGCACUAUAUCAUGAAUGAAUGAACUUAACAAAAACUUUUUUUUGUUGUAUAACCUAUUGUUUUGUCUUUGGACUUACUGUGUAAGAAGGAUGUCAGUAUAUCUUGUAUAAUAUUAAUAAAAUAAGAGAGCGUAACA